AUGGCAGCGUUAGCAGCGCCUCGUCUGGCCAUGUUCGGCUGCUUUUCAACAAGGCCCAUUUCAGUAUUUGCUGUUCAUCAAAGGAGUCUGCACAACAUUGCAAAAAAAGAGAAUACCACCACGAGCUUGGUUCCAGUCAGAGAGCAGAGCACGGCAGUGGCAGCAGCUAAACCAUCAGCUGUAGCCACCAGCAAGGGGGACUAUGUUGUCACCAAGAUGGACGACCUGAUGAACUGGGCCCGCAGGAGCUCUCUGUGGCCUAUGACCUUUGGCCUGGCAUGCUGCGCAGUGGAGAUGAUGCACAUGGCGGCGCCUCGUUACGACAUGGAUCGCUUCGGAGUGGUGUUCAGAGCAAGUCCCCGCCAGUCUGAUGUCAUGAUCGUGGCAGGAACACUGACCAAUAAAAUGGCUCCUGCUCUGCGGAAGGUGUUCGACCAGAUGCCAGUGCCCAGAUACGUGAUUUCCAUGGGAAGCUGUGCUAACGGAGGAGGCUACUACCAUUACUCCUACUCUGUGGUCAGAGGAUGUGACCGAAUUGUACCAGUGGACAUUUAUGUUCCAGGUUGCCCCCCCACUGCAGAGGCUCUCCUCUACGGGACUUUACAGCUGCAGAAGAAAAUCAAACGUGAGAGGAAGAUUAAGAUCUGGUAUAGGAAGUGAAUGUGUAAUAUAUGUCUCUGUAUCUGGUAUGUAAAUGGUGUAUUUCUGGUUUCAUUUGGAGCGCGGCUCCUCCUCCAUGUAGAGCUACAGGAACUAACUUCAAUAAAAUCAUUACUGUAAUUUACACUCGGUGCACUGCUGUUUAUUUUCAACCUAACAGCAGCUGUCACUCAGUUUUUCUGCUUCUUUUGUUCAGUUUUAAUUAUGGAGACUGUUUCUGUUGCAGGGAAAUCAUGUUGGUGUAUAACCCACACUUUAGUUUGAAACAAUUACAUUAUUGUUUUCCUUUUUUUUAGCCAUCUCUCAACAUACAACAAGACCAUAGAAUUGUUUAAGUUAUCCUGUUCUAUCUUAAAUAUUGUUGUGAAUAAACUGGGCUCGCGUGAAAACACA